CAGUUUCCAUUGAUGAACUAACCCUGUUUAGACUGCGGGAUCUUAAGGAUGGGAGGAGCGGUAGUGUACGGAGAGAUCGUAGCCUCCGGUGGGAAAUAGGAUUUGUGUGAGAGCAUUUGUGAACUGCAGUUGCGAGGCAGAGUUUGUGCCGGUGGGAGGAAUUAAAAAUUAAUUGACCCAUGGCUCACGGCCGAAAGCACUAAGUAUCCUCAGGAAGCAGGGUUUUGGUAAUCUAACUCCCUAAACCACCAAUAAAAUAGCUGAAUUUAACGGCUUAAUAGUCGUAAUACUGACAAUUGAACGACAGAAUGAUUUUCCAAUGGAAGUGAAUAAAGGUUAGGUGGGCGGGGCGCUCUGGGCGACGGACACAAUUUUAAACCAAUCAUCAGGCGAAUUACAGUAAGCAGGCGUGCUCCUUAGCUGAGCGACAGAUCGAAAGACCCAGUGAUCGACGUGAUAUUUGAGCAGCUACCAACCGGGAAGGCCGGUUCUCCCGGAGAAGCUCUGGGAGGCGGGAAGAGGGGAAGUGGGCGGAUCUCCGCACACCUCGGCGGAAGAGGCAGAUUCAGGAAGCCAUUACGCUGCUGGCUGGCAGCGGCCGGGCCGGUCGGGGCUGGGCCCUACGCACUUUGCGUAGCGAGGGGGGUUACCAAAGGCCUAGUGCUUGGCCUCGAGCAAGCCUGGCCUAUCCCCUGUAGGGGGUGGGUGAGGGGCGAGGCUGAGGAAGAAGAGAAGGGGAAUUGGGGCGCUUGAGGGGAUUAUAAUUUCUUUAAAAAGAGGGGAGGGGAGAGGCCAUGGCCGUCCCAGCCAAGAAAAGGAAGAUGAACUUCUCGGAGCGGGAGGUGGAGAUCAUCGUGGAGGAGCUGGAGCUGAAGAAGCACCUGCUGGUGAACCACUUCAACGCCGGGGUCCCCCUGGCCGCCAAGAGCGCGGCCUGGCACGGCAUCCUGAGAAGGGUCAACGCCGUGGCCACCUGCCGCAGAGAGCUGCCUGAGGUCAAGAAGAAGUGGUCUGACCUCAAGACCGAGGUCCGUCGCAAGGUUGCCCAGGUCCGGGCCGCCGUGGAGGGUGGUGAGGCGCCGGGGCCCACUGAGGAGGACGGAGCUGGGGGGCCUGGGACAGGCGGUGGCAGUGGCGGCGGUGGCCCAGCUGUAGCCCCAGUGCUGCUGACCCCCAUGCAACAACGUAUCUGCAACCUGCUGGGCGAGGCCACCAUCAUCAGCCUGCCCAGCACCACAGAGAUCCACCCUGUGGCCCUCGGACCCUCGGCCACCGCAGCCGCAGCCACGGUCACCCUGACGCAGAUCCCCACAGAGACCACCUAUCACACGCUGGAGGAGAGCGUGGUGGAGUACUGCACGGCUGAGGCGCCCCCACCUCUGCCACCGGAGGCCCCUGUGGACAUGAUGGCCCAGCAUGCAGACACGUCGGUCAAGCCGCAAGCGCUCAAGAGCCGCAUUGCUCUCAACUCCGCCAAGCUGAUACAGGAGCAGCGGGUCACCAACCUGCAUGUGAAGGAGAUCGCACAGCACCUGGAACAGCAGAACGACCUACUGCAGAUGAUCCGCCGCUCCCAGGAAGUGCAGGCCUGUGCCCAGGAGCGCCAGGCCCAGGCCAUGGAGGGCACACAGGCUGCCCUGAGCGUCCUCAUCCAGGUCCUCCGGCCUAUGAUCAAAGAUUUCCGCCGCUACCUGCAGAGCAACACAGCUAACCCGGCCCCCGCCUCUGACCCUGGGCAGGUGGCCCAGAAUGGGCAGCCAGACAGCAUCAUCCAGUGAGGGCAGGGGUCAGGCCAGCCUUCUGCCAUGAUGGGAUGAAAACUCCAUGGACUUGUAAGUGGGUCCUGUAAUUGGCCUUGGCCUUAGGCCGGCCGCGUGCACAGCUCCCUCUUUAAUAAACGCUUAGGGGCUGCACUGUUUUUGAGAAGAGGAAUUUGUUGGGCUCCUGGGACCCAAACUCGUACUCCCCCUACUUGAGCUGCCUUGCUAAGAUCCAGAAGAUUGGUUAGCAGGGGGUCACGUGUGCAUGUGAUGGGACAUGUGUUGUCAUGACCCCGGGCUUGUGACAUGACCCAGCCUUGGUCUUGGACAACUGUAAGGAACAACACAACGGGCUGUCACUGGGGGCCGUCGCCCAGCCUGGGUCUCUCCUGAGCUGCCCAACCCCAGGUGCCAUCCUUUCGAGUAGGGUAAUGUCACUGAUGCUGGCAGUUGAGCAAUAAUAUCUUCCUCCCUUGGGAGGUAGUGUGACUGAGCCUGAGGAGGAAACCCCACCGUUUUCUCCUCACUGUGCCUCAGUUCUCAGGGGACUCCAAUGACUGUUGUGCUCUCCCCCGACCCCACCCCAGGCACAGCGCAGGCCCUUGUUAGGUAGUGCGCUGGGACGCCUCUGUAAUACAUGCGGUGUGCAGCCAGUCUGGCUCAGGAAUGCUGUGUAUGGUGGGGACGGUUUGGCCACUCUCUGGUUUUCAACAGCAUCUCUGGGCAGCCCUUUGGUGGUUUGUCCCUAGAGCUUUUGACUCAGGUCAAGCUUUGGAUGCUGUAAAUUUUUGAGAAAGCCAACUAGUGUGGAAGCUUGCUGCCCCACUGCAGUGGGUCUGAGUGACCUGUUGGCUUUGUGCGGAGACUUGCAUCCAGCCAGUUGUAUUUAUUCUGUGUGUGAACCCCUCCUAGGAAGGCCUCCAGGAGGGCUGCCCUGUGGCCACACCCUUCCUCCUUUCCUCUCUGCUGACUCCACAUUUCCAAAAUUCAGUGCAAAAAAAGCCCUGCUGAGCAUCAUAUGCUGGACUCUUCGCCUGCCACACCGCUCAGUGCCUUCUGUUCUCUUGAGACUCCCUCUGAGUGGCUGAGUGAAUCCAAAGCCAUAAUUGACCCUGAAUGUAGGAGGAGGAAAAGGCAAAGCUGACCUAAGAAGUGGGACCCUGGCCGGGCGAGGUGGCUCAAGUCUGUAAUCCCAGCGCUUUGGGAGGCCGAGGCGGGUGGAUCACGAGGUCAAGAGAUCAAGACCAUCCUGGCCAACAUGAUGAAACCCCGUCUCUACUAAAAAUACAAAAAUUAGCUGGGCGUGGUGGCGCACGCCUGUAGUCCCAGCUACCCGGGAGGCUGAGGCAGGAGAAUCGCUUGAACCCAGGAGGCGGAAGUUGCAGUGAGCCGAGAUUGCACCGCUGCACUCCAGCCUGGCGACAGAGCGAGACUCUGUCUCAAAAAAAAACAAAGAAAAAACCAAAAAAACAAAUGGGACCCUUUGGAUUCUAUGCUCAGGGAAGAGCAGGCAGAGCCUUGGAGUGCUGAAGGAGGUGCUGUUCCCUGUUCCAUCUUUACACUUUCUCUUCUGAGAUGUCUGUAAGGAUUUUACCCAGAUGCCAUUUGUCUGUUUCAUUUUCAGACUCACCAUCAAUUACCAAGGCCCUUGCAUCUCCCCAGAUCGUUUCCCAAGUUUGGCGAUUUGCUGCCGGUGCCUCAGCCACAUAUGACCAAUGGUUACAACUCAGGGCUCCAGACCUCAGCUAAAAAGAGAAGACGCCGCCCUCCUGGGCACGAACGUUUAGAAUGCUCAGCUCCUCUAUUGUGACCACAGGAAGGUGGCCCUGAAGAUGCACCGAAGACAGUUGGGAGGUGACUGCUGUACUGUCAGCCUCUCUGUGGAGGCAUUCGUGCAGUGCCAGCUAAAAGGGAGGUGAAGGGGGAUAUCGGACCCAGCGAGGGAGUUGCUGGUAGAAGGAAAGCUCUUCUCAGUGUGGCUGGAUUAAGAGCAGCCCAGCAGCUUGGGCACCUGCACUCUGUGCGGUCUGAUGGCCCCAGCAAGGUCGCUGCAGGGACUUCCUGAGGACUUGGUUUGGUUUCUUUCUGGGGUUGGAAAUCUGAGCCAAUGUUGUGUCUGUUCCAUUUGGGUAUGAAGAGGAAGUCUGGAUCACUUAAACUGACUAGUUAUUUCCGGGUCAUAAUUUUAAAUUAAAGACAUAUCACUUUUUUAUACACA